AUGUUUGCCCAUUUGUUAGCUAUAGCAGUCGCAACCCUUGUUCUUGUUUGGCUUCUACACUUCCGAAGAGGCCUUGCUUUCGAAUCUGCUAACAAAGACAAGAUUUUGAAUGUGCAUACACUUCUAAUGGUAGUUGGAUUUAUACUUGUUGCGGGAGAAGCUACUAUGGCAUACAAGUCAGUUCCAGCAAAAAGAAAGGUGCAAAAAGUUUUUCAUGUAACAUUACAUCUGAUGGCACUGCUGGCUGGAGUAGUUGGUGUUUAUACAGCUUUCCGGUUUAAGCAUGAGAGGUUGAUAUUCCAUGAUUUGGCUGCAGUGGUUGUUGGGGCUCUUCUCAUUUGUGUUCCCAGGUGCAGAAAUGUCAGCAAGAGGCUCAUACAGGCCAUGGCACGUUUUUGGGGGUUUGGCAAUAUUUUUCCUCGCUAUAUGCACAGCCCAGACGGGUUUGCUGGAAACUUCAAAUUUCUUCGGCCUAGGCGUUAG